CGCCCCCACUCCGCCCCUAGAUAGCUCUUUUCUUGGUGUUUGUUUACACGAUCAGAAAUGGGGGGCUACCUGAGCAAGAGGAUGGAGGGGAUGAUGAAGGAGAUGACGAGAGAGAACCAAGAGUUCAUGCUAAAGGCCCAGGCAAUGCAGGUGGAGAGGCAGCUUCAGAUGCAGACUCUCAUGAGAGAGAAGAUGCUGGCCCAGCAACUGGCAAUGGCUAGAGAGAGACUCUACUGGUGGGGCGGUUUCUAUGCACUCGCCUCUCUGGGCCUGAUCAGAGGAGCAAUGGUGAGAAGACAGCCGUGGAUUCUGGGACCACUGGUUCCACUGACAUUUGUGGUGGCCUACCAGGCUGACCUUGCCUAUGGCAACAAGAUGGAGAGAGUAAUAGCUGAGGCAGACUCAAUGCUGGAGAAGGAGAGAAAGAUGCUGGCCUUACCAGGUGCACCUCUCUCCAUCGAUCUCCUCGAUUCUCGGCGAAAAAAGUAGUCCUCCAGACCACUAAUCCAGAUCAGUAUUAGCUAAAUAGUUAGUGUUUCAGGAUUUUUAAAAUAAUGCACAGCAGUUUAGGUUACACAAGAGAAGAAAAAAAUAACUUGUGAAAAAUGACAGUUUAGAUUGUACGACAAAAGUUUGUAAAAAUGAAGUGACUUGCUAUACCCACCUUUCGCUCUGUGUGUCCUCAGAAAUGUAGCUCAGUGCUUUUUCUUGGCCAU